AUGGCGGACGACGGCGAUUGGACGGUCGAGGAGAACACGGCAGUCGAGCCGCCAGUUGCCGAAAACGACGAGCUCUUCCGCGAGGCGUGCGCCUUCGAAGGCGCCGCGGUCGUCGCAUUAGUCGAAAACACACCCAGCGGCGGGAAUGACGGCGGGGAUGGCGGAGGGGGGCAGGGCGGCGCGAAGACGAUGGAGAUUAUGCUGGACGAUGGUGUGCUACUAACGGUGGAGCUCGAUUCCGGGGAGAAGCGACUCAACGAGCUAGGGUACAAACAGGACCUUCAACGCGAUCUGAACGCCUUCGAGCUGUUCGCCGUGUCGCUAACGGGAGUGGGGGUCUUCCUCGGAGUUAUCCCGUACUACGAUUACGCUUUCGCGAGUGGAGGGCCAGUAAUGGCGGUCUGGUUCUGGUGGAUUACUGCUUUCUUCGCCCACUGCAUUGCUCUCUCCCUCGCUGAAAUCGCCUCUUCCUUUCCCACUGCUGGUUCACUUUAUUUCUGGGCAGCAGCAUUAGCCAAGCCCAAAUAUCGCCCGCUCGCUGCCUGGAUCACGGGCUGGUUGGAGUUUCUCGGAGCGUCCAUCGGCUCAGGGGGGGUGGCUCUGGGAGGGGUGCUGCUCCUGAGCGACCUCGUUCUGCUCGCCACAGGUGGCGCCAACGGUGGCGGGUACACGAUGCCAGAGCCGGUGCAGUUCGCCUGCUGUGUGUUCAUUGUGCUAGUCUGUGCUCUCAUCAACCUGCUUCCCAUCAAGAUGGUUGGCAGAGUGCUGCUGGUCGGCAUGAUCAUCCAGGUGCUAGCGGGUGUGAUAACCAUAAUCACACUGCCUCUCGUUGCGCCCACGCUGCAACCAGCCUGGUGGGUCUUCGGCCAUUUGGAUUUCGACACAGCCAGCACCAACCUGCCCAGCAACGGCUAUGCGGUGCUAGUGGGACUCCUCAUGUCCCAGUACGCGCUCUACUCAUUCGACACCGGAGCACACGCAUCAGAGGAGGCCAAGCGGUCCGACGUGACAACCCCCAUCGCCAUGGUGGGAGCGCUGACACUGGUGUCGUUUCUCGAGUGGGCGGUGAUCGUGGUGCUCACGUUCUGCAUCCAGGAAGAAGCCACGUUGCUGGAUGAGUCCAACGCGGCAGGCGGCAAGCCCGUGAUUCAGAUCCUAUACACCAUCUUCACUGGGAGGUACGGCAGCACAGCAGGGGUGUAUGUCUUCAUCUGCCUCUUCUUCUCCUCCUUCUUCUUCUGCACCAUCACUCUCGUCUUCGCAGCAUGCCGUGUGGGCUACGCGCUAGCGCGAGACAAGGGUCUGCCCUUCUCCUUCCUGUGGCGGCGCAUCAACAAGCGCAAGGUCCCCGUGAACGCACUUAUGUGUACCGUCGGCAUCGCCAUCGUGGCGCUGCUGCCGCUGCUGGGCGGCAGCACUGCGUAUUUCGCCGUCACCGGCAUGGCCACCGUGGGGUGGUUCGGUGCGUACGGCGUGCCCAUCCUCUUCCGAAUUCUGCAGGACGACGGGGACUUUGUGCCCGGGCCGUUUUACCUGAGAAACUACUUCGGGAAGAUCGGAAGCAAGUGCAUACACGUCUUGGCGCUGCUCUAUGUGGCCGCGAUUAUGGCGUCGCUCGCAGCGGGGUUGCUGCGGCUCGUGCCGGUCGUGGGACCGCCGGCGGCCGCAUUGCUCAUCGUGCUGGUAGACAACGCUGGUGCCGUGUGCCUCGCGCUGCUCGCGAUCUUCGUGUAUCAAUACAUCAACGCGAGUUUUUUCGACCCUGAGGAUCGAAUCUACGGGGUGCGUGCUGACGUGGACGGCCCGGGAAUCACGUACCGCCACAGCCGCUUCCAGGGCCUCCUCGAAACGCCUUUCGCGGGCGCGAACACCAUCCCGGGCCUCUUCAACAUGUCCGUUAAGAAGUUCCGCAGUCGCCGCCUGCUCGGCACGCGGAGAUUAAUCUCCCGCGAGUUCGAACACGACGCGAAGUUAGACAAGCAGGUGGAGAGAGUGACUCUCGGGGAGUACGAGUGGGAGUCGUACGAGCGCGUGCACGAGCGCGUGGGGGCGUUCGGCGCGGGGCUGAUGGGGAGCGGGCAUGCGCGCGGGGAGAAGCUGGCCAUGUUCGCGGAGACGCGCGCGGACUGGUUUAUCGCGAUGCAGGGCGCGUUUCAGCACGGGCUGGUGGUGGUGACGGUGUACGCGUCUCUAGGGACGGACGCGCUGGUUCACUCGCUUAACGAGACCGAAGUGGCAACAGUGGUGUGUGAUAGGAAGCAGUUUGACAAGCUUGCCGAGGUGCACUCCCGCCUCGCUACAGUGAAGCGCGUUAUAGUCAUGGCGGAGCAGAAGGCUGAUAACGAGACAGCCAGUAACGAGGAUCCGCUGCCAAGCACCAUAGGGAGCAUCACAGUGAUUCCCUAUGCUGACGUGGAGGCUAAAGGAGCGGAGAGCCCAGUGGAGCCGAGUCUGCCACAGUCGUCUGACCUGGCAUUCAUCAUGUACACGUCAGGAUCCACUGGAGUUCCCAAGGGCGUAAUGAUGACGCACGGCAACCUGGUGGCGGUCUUUGCAGCGGUCAUGGCGCUCGUGCCCGAUGCCGAUGAGAACGAUGUGUACAUCGCCUACCUGCCCCUCGCACACUCCCUUGAGCUCACUGCUGAGACGGGCAUGGUGUCGAUAGGAGCAAGCAUCGGGUAUGGCUCGCCCCUCACGGUGAUCGACGGAGCAGGCAAGCUCAAGCCCGGAGCCAAGGGCGAUCUGUCCACGCUGCGCCCCACCCUCAUGGCUGCCGUGCCCGCCAUUCUGGAUAAGAUCAGAGACGGCGUCAGGCGCAAGAUGGCAACGCAGUCCCCCACGGUGCAACAGCUAUUCGACCUCGCUUACAGCCGUCGAUUGGCGGCGAUCAACGGCAGCUGGGCGGGCGCGUGGGGGCUGGAGAAGAUGCUGUGGGACGAGCUUGUCUUCAAGCGCAUCCGGGCGGCGGUGGGCGGCAGGCUGCGCUACAUGCUGUCGGGGGGGGCGCCACUGUCGCCUGACACUCAGCGCUUUAUCAACGUGUGCUUCAACGUUCCGAUUGGCCAGGGCUACGGGCUUACAGAAACUUGCUCUGGAGGAACCUUCGCAGAAUUUUCUGACACCUCUGUGGGGAGAGUCGGGCCACCUAUCCCCUGCUGCUACAUCCGGCUGGUGGACUGGCACGAGGGCAACUACCGGGUGACAGACCAGCCGCUGCCGCGGGGGGAGAUCAUGAUUGGAGGGCCGUGUGUCACCCCCGGGUACUGGAAGAACCAGGAGGCCACUGAUGCCGUGUACUCGGUGGACAGCAAGGGCAUACGGUGGUUUGCAACGGGCGACAUAGGGGAGGUGCACCCUGAUGGGGUGUUUCAGAUCAUCGACAGGAAGAAAGACAUUGUGAAGCUGCAGGCGGGCGAAUACGUGUCGCUGGGGAAGGUGGAGGCAGUGCUGCAAGUGAGCUCCUUUGUCGAGAAUGUGAUGCUCUAUGCCGACCCGUUCAAGACUUUCACCAUAGCCCUCGUGGUGCCGUCCAAGCCGGCCCUGGUCGCCUGGGCCAAGGCUCAGGGUGUGGAUAGCUCUGACUAUGCCGCGCUGUGUGCGAAUCCCGAUGCUGUCUCUCAAGUGCUCAAGUCGCUUGGCGAGGUGAGUAAGGAGGGCAAACUCCAAAAGUUUGAAGUGCCUGUGAGGAUCAAGCUUCUCCAAGAGCCGUGGACCCCUGACAGCGGCCUGUUGACAGCAGCCUUGAAGCUGAAGCGGGAUGUUGUUCGCCGAAAGUUCCAGCAGGACCUUGAUGCUCUGUAUGACUAG